UGUAGGCGACGACUGGACGUUCUCCUUCUCAGCAUGGACGACUCCACGGACAUCACACAUGGCUGUGGAAAUACCUCGGACUCAGAGGAAGAAAGAUGUUCAGAUAGUGAUUUCGGAACUUCAAAACUCGGAACGAAAGAAUAUUGGGAGGAUGCAUACCAAAGAGAACUGGAGACAUUCAAAGACAUUGGAGAUGUUGGCGAGAUAUGGUUUGGUGAGGAAAGCAUGAGCCGUGUGCUGCGAUGGAUGGACAAAGCUAAGAUCCCAGAAGACGCUGCUAUUCUUGACAUUGGCACUGGAAAUGGAGCGUUUUUAGUUGAACUGGCAAAAAGCGGAUACAAGAAUCUGACCGGUAUAGAUUAUUCUCCAGCGUCUGUCGAAUUGGCCAGAAAUGUUUUGCAGGCAGAAGAUGUGACUGAUGUAACUGUAAAGGAGAUGGAUUUCCUAAACUGUCAAGGGGAGCUGAAGGGUUUUGAUGUCUGCAUCGACAAAGGAACGUUUGAUGCAAUAAGCUUAAACCCAGACAACACCAAGGAGGGCAAAAAACUGUAUAUUGAAGCUCUUAAAGUUGCACUUAAAGACAAAGGAUUUUUCACUAUCACCUCAUGUAACUGGACAAAAGAGCAGCUGCUUGAAAGAUUCAGUGAAGGGUUCGAGUUUGUACAGGAGUUGCCUACACCCAGUUUCCAGUUUGGAGGCAAGACGGGCAACAGUGUGGCAGCUGUCAUCUUCAAGAGAGUACACUGAUCCAUGUGUGACAAGCACGUAUUUGUCUUUUUUGGCCCAUCCAUCCUGCAGCUUUUUUCUGUUUGUCACAGGAAAUUAUUGUAUCUGUGCACUUUAAGACAUUUUUUUACUAUAUCUGUUUGUACAGUAUUCAUUUUUAAGACUGUAAUGAUACAGAUAUGCAACAAACUGAGUGGGACAUUUUUCUGAAAAUAAAUCAUUCUUUGGUUUUGUUGCUGUGAUAUUAACUUUACAGUAAUCCACCUUAAAAACUCCUGUUGAAUAACUUCAUAUAAAAUGAUUAUACAAUA